UUCAUUUUUGAUUUUUCUCGUCUGCUCUCUCUCGCUCUUAGUUUCCUUCCAACACCAUUACACCAAGCUAUUGAUGAGAGUUGCAGCAGGUUAAGAAGACUUCGAAUCGACGAAAUCGAACAUUGGCAUAAAGCUUGACCAGUAGAUCGUCAACAAGUACUACUACUGCCACAUUAUCAUGAAUCAUCAUCAGGUCUACAUGGCUUGACCAGUAGACAGUCUACAAGUACUACUACUGCCACUGCCACAUCAACUUUCUCACGGGAAAGCUUUGAUAAUGAAAUUGCGGUGUCUUCUCUUGGUAGCAUUGUCCGUAUACUCCAUGUUGCGUGUGAAGUCAAACCUGUACGCCCUUGUGUUGGUGGUUAUCUCUUUUUGUUUGAUUGAGCAGGAAAUUAAGUCUCCUCUAUAGGGUCAAAGCGACUGCUGCACUGGAAAUCGAGAGUGUUUACCAGCAAUACUGUCAGCAGUAUGUUCGAACCCUGGACAAGGGGGAGGAAGCUGAUAGGUAAUUUAUAAUCUCAACUUAGUCUUUUUUGAUGUUAAUCGUUGGGAGUCAUCAGAUAGCAACAGUCUUUGUUAGUUGUUUUUCCUUGAAGUUUGUCUUUAUUUGUUGAAAUAAGUUAGAUAUAUGGCUAGCACUUCUGAAAACAGUAGUUUAUCUAACUCUAGGAGUUCAACAUCUCUAGAUUUAUCUUACAAUGAUGGUAUAAAUGUCAAUAUGACAUCAUGUAAGUUGGAUGAUUUCAACUACCUUGUUUGGUCUCACUGGGUGAAGCUUUCAUCACCGGUAAGGAAAAGAUUGGGUAUUUGACUGGAACCAAGACAUGUCUAGAAAGCUCAGACCCUACACGAGACUUGGAAGAAAAUGCCCUAAUAAUGAGUUGGUUGUUAGGUUCUAUGUCUCCUGAUUUAAGGAGCAGUUUUAUGCGCCUAACCACUGCAAAAGAACUGUGGCAUGCAGUUUCUCAGAUUUAUGUGGUGAGUGGUGAUGCUACACAAAUCUACGAGUUGAAUUAUAGAGUUAUAGUGACAAGGCAGAAUAAUAAACCCUUGUCAGUCUACUAUAAUGUUCUUCAAGCUUCGUGGCAAGAACUUGAUUUCCUCCGGACGUGUGACAUGGAGUGUGUUGCUGACACCGCCAAGUUGAAGAAGAGAAUUGAAAAUGGUCGAAUUAUUGAGUUCCUUGUUGGUCUAGACUCAGAUUCUGACCCCAUUAGAAUUCAAAUACUGGGAAAGGAUCCAUUGCCUACACUUCGGGGAGUCUAUGUAAUUGUGAGGUCUGAAGAACUACGCAGGGUUGCUAUGACACUUCCAAUGGCUCAAGAAAGUUUAGCAUUGAAGGCUGUUAUCACCUCCACUCAUGUUUCAACAGUCACAUCAGGAAACAACCACAAGCCUGACGAGAAAGACUCACUAAAUUGUGACUAUUGUAACGAGAGAAGGCAUACUAGGGAGACAUGCUUCAUGCUCAAUGGGCGUACACAAUGGCAGAACGAUAAUAAGAGAGGGGGUUUCUCUGGUGGCCGUGGUGGAGGAAGAAGAGGUCGAAAUGGUGGCCCAAGAGCUAUCACACAACUGAUGAGGAGAAAUUUCCAUCUAUAUCAACCAAUACUUCUUCCCAACCAUCUCAAGCCCAAAUGGAGCAAAUGAUAAAGGACUAUGCCCGAUUGCUGUCUUCCAAGGAGAAUUAUGUUGGGUCGACUUCUAUGGCUCAAUCGGGUAGCAAAGGCACCUUUGAUAAUGCAGCCAUACCUUCAUGGGAACAACCUAAAGAUCCUUGGAUUGUUGAUAGUGGAGCAACUGAUCACAUGUCUACCAAAUCUAAUAUGUUUUCCACUUACAAUCCCAAUCCUAGUAAACCAUGUAUCUUGGCUGCUGACGGGUCUCCAACUAUUGUCUCUGGUGAAGGAAAUAUUCCAAUAACUAGCUCCAUGUCCCUUUCUAUGGUGUUACAUCUCCCGAAUCUCUCAUGCAAUCUCCUCUCCAUCUUUCAGAUAACUAAAGCAUUAAAAUAUUGUGUUACCUUCUUUGUCAUACAUUGUGUUUUUCAGGAUCUUCGCACAGAGAAGACCAUUGGUCAUGGUAAGGAGAGAGGAGGUCUCUACUACCUUGAGUUACAAGAGAUGGAACAAGAGAGCAACACAAAAGCAUGCAAAUCAACAAGUGAAUCUAGUUCUGAAGAACAAGUCUGGUUAUGAUAUAAACAAUUAGGACAUCCUUCUUUUGGGUAUUCGCAAAGGUUGUUUUCUAAGUUGUUUUCAGAACUUGAUAUAUUUAAAUUUCAUUGUGAA